GUGGCUUCAUCACAGGUGGACAGGAGUCUGCAUGGUGGGGUUCCUCUGCUGGAGAUGUCGUCGGAGGAGCGCUCUCCAUCUAGCCGCGCAUCCUGCUCUAGAGUACCAACAGGAUGAUCCGCUGCUGCACCGUCACCGACAACCUUCACUUCACUUUCACACUCAUUUAACCCUUCACUUGGACCCCCGCACUACCCCCAUGCUUUGCCCUCCUCCUGAGAUGCGAUACCGCAGCACAAUUUCCCGGAGAAUAUCUUUAUCUUCCGUCGCUCCUCACUGAUAGAGAGCAUGCCCGACACGGGGACGGCAACUGCAGGCGCUGCAGCCGCGGCGGCCGCCAGUGGUGCGACCACCGUCGGCGACGGCCCCGAGAGCUCCCGGCACCGACACCGAGCGCAGCAAGGAGACGCGGAGAGGCCGGAGCCGGGCGCUGCUGCACCACAAACCUCCUCCGGUGUGCUGGAUAAGUUGUUCGGAAAGCGGCUGCUGCAGGCUGGGAGACACAUCAUGUCUCAUAAGUCUUGGAUGAAAACGGUGCCCACAGAGAACUGUGAUGUCCUCAUGACAUUUGCAGACACGACAGAUGACCACACGUUGCUAUGGCUACUGAACCAUAUCCGGCUGGGAAUCCCAGAGCUCAUCAUCCAAAUUCGACACCAUAAGCACACGCGAGUCUACGCAUUCUUCGUCACUGCUACAUAUGAAAAUUUGUUGCGAGGUGCUGAGGAGAUGGGCCUGAGGAAAGCGGUGAAGCCUGAGUUUGGAGGAGGAACACGCAGCUUCUCCUGUGAGGAGGACUACAUCUACGAGAACAUUGAGAGCGAGUUGUGCUUCUUCACUUCACAGGAGAGGCAGAGCAUCAUUAAAUACUGGCUGGACAAUCUCCGUGCCAAACAUGGGGAGGUGCUUCAUAAUAUCAACUUCCUGGAGGGUCAGCCAAUAAUCCCAGAGCUGAGUGCACGAGGUGUGAUCCAGCAGGUGUUUCCUCUCCAUGAGCAGAGGAUCCUCAGUCAGCUGAUGAAGUCCUGGGUCCAGGCUGUUUGUGAGAAACAGCCCUUAGAUGAUAUCUGUGAUUACUUUGGGGUGAAGAUUGCCAUGUAUUUUGCCUGGCUGGGUUUCUACACCACUUCCAUGUUAUAUCCUGCUGUGAUUGGCUUUGUGCUCUGGAUGCUCACAGAGUCAGAUCAGACUAGCCGCGACAUCUGCUGUGUGGUGUUUGCACUGUUCAACGUGGUGUGGGCCACCUUGUUUCUGGAGCGGUGGAAGAGGAGGGGGGCUGAGCUGGCGUACAAGUGGGGGACCCUGGACACGCCUGCUGAAUCCCUGGAGGAACCACGACCUCAGUUCCGGGGAGUCAAGCGCUGUAGUCCAAUAACAGGAUGUGAGGAGUUCUACUAUCCUCCGUGGCGGAGGCGUGUAUUCAGGUGGCUGGUCAGCCUGCCCAUCUGUAUCCUUUGUCUCUGUUUUGUCUUCCUGGUCAUGCUCAUCUGCUUCGAGCUGCAGGAAUUUGUGAUGGGGAUCAAGGAAAUGCCUCGGCUAGCUCGCUUCAUCCCCAAAAUUAUGCUAGCUAUCACUGUGACUGCAUGUGACGAGGUGUACAGGAAAAUUGCCUGCUGGCUCAAUGACAUGGAAAACUACAGACUCCAGAGUGCCUAUGAGAAAAAUCUCAUCAUCAAAAUGGUUCUUUUUCAGUUUGUAAAUUCUUAUCUCAGCCUUUUUUACAUUGGAUUCUACCUCAAAGACAUGGAGCGUCUGAAAGAGAUGCUGGCCACUCUGCUCAUCAUACGCCAGUUCCUUCAAAAUGUGAAGGAAGUGCUGCAGCCUUACCUGUAUGAGCGCCACAAGCUGGGUGAGCUUACACUGCGAGCUGUGUGGGACCUGCUGCUCUCGGUGCUGCUAAAAUACGCCCGGCUGGCAGCUGGAAAAGCCCAAGCCUUUCCCACCGACCAGAGCAUGCCAGGACCUGGACUGAGGGGCACCAGGCCUGGGGUGGGGCAGCCAGAAAGAAGGGAAAAGAAGUGUUUAAAUGGAGGAUGCGGGGUGCCUGAUGAAGAAGAGGGAGGCGAGAGGGACGAGGCUGACAGUGGGAGGUUCAGUGAAGGAGAGACGGAGGAGGAAAGUCUGAUCGACUGUGGCUUGAAGUUGAGGAAAGUCAGCUUCAUAGAGAAGGUGGACAAAAGGCCGGUCUGCAGUGGGCCCCCCAUGGACAGCAGUUUCCUGGAGGAGGGGAGCCCCACUAUGGUGGAAAAAGGAAUGGACCCUGCCUCUUUGUUUGAAAUGUGCGACGAGGACGAUGAUAAUGGCAUCCAUGAUGUGAAGGAGUCGGGUGGGGGAGGGACAGGUGGGGCUGAGGGAAUUAAUGCUGCUGCUGGUGCUGCUGCUACUGGUGCUGCUGCUGCUGCCGCUGCCAGCUCUGCUCCGCUGCCUUCUGGGCCUGAGAGCAGCACGUCACUGCGACACAGAAGAAGAGGCAGGAGCGCAGAGAGACCAGAGCCUAAAACAAAAAGGGAGUCGUGGAUGGACCCACCUGAGGAAAGAGAGAGCACCACACUCACUCAGGCUGAGAUGGAGAGCUGCAUGCAGACUUAUGCUGACACCUUCCAGGACUACCAAGAGAUGUUUGUCCAGUUUGGCUAUGUGGUGCUCUUCUCCUCAGCCUUCCCUCUGGCUGCCAUGUGUGCUCUCAUCAACAACAUCAUUGAAAUCCGCAGUGAUGCCUUUAAGCUCUGCACUGGUCUGCAGAGGCCCUUUGGAGUCAGAGUGGAGAGCAUUGGCCAGUGGCAGACUGCAAUGGAAGCCAUGGGCCUGAUUGCUAUCAUAGUGAAUUGUUACCUGAUUGGUCAGUGUGGUCAGCUACAGCGUCUCUUCCCGUGGCUCAGCCCCGAGAUGGCCAUCAUCUCUAUCGUCAUCCUCGAGCACUUUGCCAUUCUCUUGAAGUACAUCAUCCAUGUGGCCAUACCUGACAUUCCUACAUGGGUUAGAGAGGAGAUGGCUAAACUGGACUAUCAGCGCAGGGAGGCCUUUAAGAAGCAUGAGCGGCAGGCACAGCAGCAUUACCAGCAGCUGCAGAGGAGGAAGAGAGAGGAGGAGGAGAGGCAGAGGCAGGCGGAGCAUAUGGCCCGCAGAGAAAGGGAGCGGGAUGACGGCAAGGGUGACUCCUCUGGGGAUCACCACCAUGACAAAAGUCACAGCAGCAAAUCACGCUCCGGGGGUGGAGGAGGAGGUGGGGCCAGUGGGUCAGACAAACCCAAGAGGCCCAGCUCUCUGCUGGCCAACAAUAAUGUGAUGAAGCUGAAACAGAUCAUCCCACUGCAGAGUAAGUUCUCCUCAGGUGGUGCCCGCUCCCCACAGUCACCCACCGGCAGCGAGCCAAAGCUGCCUGGGUUCCUGAGCUUCAAAUUCCUCAAGUCACCUGAGAACAAGAAGGAAGGUGCUGCGGCUUCUGCGGCUGCCGCCACAGCCAGUAAUCCCGCAGCAGCAGCAGCAGCAUCAUCAUCAUCAUCAUCAUCAUCAUCUUCAUCAUCAGGUAGCAGCUCUCAGGAGCGUUCUCAGUCACCCAGCAAAGCCUUCAACCCUGGGAAACUGUUUAACUUUGGGAAAUCCGAGGGAGGGACAUAUGUGAAUGGGGCUCCACUGCCCAGAUCUGGGGAAGGAUCAUCAUCACAGACAUCAGAACGACAACCUUCCAGGUCUGACUUGAACGGCGUUCCGGAUGAGAUCCCCUCGCCUGGAGUGGAGGAGCCCGAGAACGGACAUUCAACAGACUUGGACACGGCUGGCCCUAAAGCCUAGUAGCUCCAGAGAACAAGCUUGUCUUUGGUUACAUCCCAGCCAGAGAGGUGACGUGUUUACUGUGAGGAAAGGCCUGACCUACCCUCUGUGCCCUCUCAUAGGCAAUGUGUAGAAGUACUUGAAGCAGAGAGAGGAAAGGAUGAAACUGAUUAGUGAUGACUGUUUUGUUUUUUUGCUGAGAGACAAAAAACAGGCUUUAUAUGAAAGACGCAAGCCUUCCUAUUAUGACCCAACAAAAACACACACACUCCCUUACACACACAAACAUACAAAUCCUUCCUUGUCUGCAAUACAUAAAGAAAUGCAUGAGCUGCGUUUCUAAUAUUUUUAAGCCUUUAAAGCAGAGAGCUGUGUUUCUUGAUUUCUUCUAGUCGGAAAUUGUAAGCAUCUCGGUGGCCUCCCACUAGGAUUCAACAGUUUGUUGUGGAGGAAAAAGAUUUUAAAAACAAAUACAGUGGUAUGAAAGGAUCACAGAUUGUACAUUGAAUAACUACUGAGAGUGUUCUUUAGCUGUCACAUCACAAGUGAUCGUUAGAUAUGUCUCAUUUUUAACUGUGAGGAAUUCUUGGGCCCCUCACUUUUAUAUUGAAGUGGAAAAAAUGGAAAAGCAAUAUCAAUCAGUGUUUUAAUUACUCUUAUCAAUCAUCCCUUAAUAAACACCCCUGACAUAUCACCAGCUUUAUUUUCAAAGCAGAGGUGAUGUCUGAGCUUUGUACACUUCCUCCCACCCUGUGGCAGAAUCCGAUUUGCUUGAAAAGAAAGUAAUGAGCUUACUAAGUCGAGUGCAUACCAGUAUUUUUCCCAAAAGAGCAGGUGGAAGAGACACAAGAAAAAAAAAGGAAAAAAUAAAUAAAUAAAAGCAGAGGUAGGCAAUGGCGAUUUGGAAAAAAAUAGAACAUGGAAGCCUAUUGACUGCUGUCAUCCAUCCAAGACCAUAAAGCACCUUGUAAACACAGAUGGUGCUCCAUUCCACACACUCUAACCAGACUUGGCAAAUGAGCGUAGAGUUAAACAAGUAACAUUUGCACUAAAUCCUGACGCCCUGCAUAGAAACGCAUCUCUCUCUGCGGGAGAGAGGGCAGACACCAGCCUGCCUCAUAGCAUUAUGCAAAAGCUGGAUUGUUUGUUUUCCUCCUUUCCCACAGCACAUGCUAUCGUCUUAUUUGUCCCUGCUCUCAGCAACUGCAGGGUUUUUCCUAAAUACUCAGAUGAGGCUUUUUUUAAACAAUAGCUGUUCAUAUUUAUGUUGAGCUCCAUAUCUUUUUUAUACUCGCCAUUUGCUGAUGAUAGAGAACUCCUUUUUUAACCAAAGUCUUAUUUUUUAGGAUUACACUGUUAUCCCAAGAUAAGUGUUCUGUAGAUUCUGUUAUUCAUAUACUUCAACACUGUUCAUGAACAAUAUGUUCCUUAAGUAAGUAAGCCCAUCAUUAUCUGCCAUUAACUGGUAUUUCACUUCUGCAGGGUCUCCAGAAGGUGGUGCCACAGUUUAUCGGUAUAGAAAAAUGAUUUUUUUCUCCACUUAUUUCAAUUCACUAUUGACUACCCAUAACAUAAAUAAAUCAGUGUCUGGUCAUCAGUAUACAGAAGAGCGCUUUGAAAGGGAAAUGCAUUAUGAAUUCAUAAGACAAGGUACAUAGUGAAAAACAUUGCAGAGGCCAUUGCACUGUAGGUCUUGAGACACUAACUAUGCAUUUCCGCACCAUCACCUCUGGCAAGGAUUUUGGCAAUAACCGAGUUACACAAGACUUACAUGUAAUACUAUAAAUCAAGACUAACCUCUCCACCCCCUACACUAAAUCCUAGUGCAUCAUCCUCAGCCAUACUCUAUGCAUCUUUUCUUUAUGUCUCCUCACUUUUCACCGUCAGUGACAGCUCUCUCAGCCCCAUCCUGUGUCAUAUUUAAUGCAAGGAAUCUCUAGUUAAAAUAAUAACAAUAAUCUCAUCCAUCUACCGCUUUGCGUUUACAGAAUCUGUCUGUUCUAGGGGUGAUGAAAACAGCUUCAGACAAGUUUUUAUUGAUUUAUUUUGAUGUUCCUUUCAUAUGUCAUACUUAGUAUAGUAAGUAAAUAGCCACAUGCCUAUAGAAAAUACAAUCAAAAUCAACAAAAAUGUACUUCCACAGAAAGGCAAAAAGAUCUUACUGACAUUAAAUGCAAUAAGGAAAUAGGACAUUUGGGUGGUCACAGUAUAGUUUUACUGGCAAUCUACAAUACAUUUUUUUAUAUUUUAAAGUCAUUGUUCAUUAUACAUGUAAGAUGAGAGCUGCAAGGCUGAGACACAUUUAAUAUCACCAGUGUAUCAUUCUCACAGGCUGUUCAUUACUAAAGGGAAACUUCACAACAGAAAAAAACAGCAUAACAGGGCUCAAGAUAGUACAGAGUAGUUGUGCAUAGUCUCAUCGAAACCUUUAUUCUUGCACCAUUUGGAUUUCAGGGAUGAAUAACACCAUGAUGCAAUAGAAUCUAUUCAUCAUCUUUUAAAAGAAUUGUAGAAAGGACAAGCCAGUGUCCUAGUAGGGGUAAAAAGAGUGAGAAGGCAGAGAUAAGGGCAUUUGGUGGCAUAUAACAGUGGAGUUUAAAAGUCAUGCCUACACAUAGGGAUGCACCGAUCCACAUUUUUUCACUUCCGAUCCGAUCCCGAUACCUAAAUUUGGGUAUCUGCCAAUACCGAUACUAUUCUGAUAAAAGAGCUUGCUUUAAUAUUACCAUUAUCACUAUUGUUGAUUUUAUAUGAUGCUGUAGUAAAUCUUCUCUACAGGCAAGUAUAUGUACGAAUGUAUCUAUGUAUGUCCCAAAAGGCAACUUGAGGUAAGUAUAAAGUCAGAAAAACAGGAAAUCCUGUUAACAGUCAAUAUUUACUAAAUUCAAGAGAUACCCAUGAAGGGUAACGUUCUUUUAGACUACCCCUCUCCAAAUAAAAUAGAAUUAAAAGGGCUCCUUCAUCUGAUCAGCACUAAUUAAGUAUAAUGACUCUUGUAGCAGCAACAAAUCAAGGUUUUUCAAAUCUCAAACAUCCUGAGGGGCGCAAGCUCACUCACGGUUCAUUUUCUUACUGCUGUACCUGGAAGGGACAUAAGUCUGUGAGUAAUAUAUUGUUGGUGUGUGAAUUACCCGUAUGACUUUGCUGUCAUGGUGUCCCGCUUUGGUUUAUCGCUUGACUGUAAAAGUUAAUAGCGCGACCGAUGCUAAUGCGCUAGCCUGUCAAUGGGAUUCUCCGUAUUAUGCUAGCAUCGAGCUAAUCGCUACUUAUUACCACUUGUAGGUUGCAACAGAGCUUCCACCCCUCAGUACAACAGCUUUGCAAACGUUGCACAUUGCAAACAUUGCACGUUGCUGUCUUGCUUCGUGGUGGUUCUAGUGCAAAAUAUUUUCACACAGCGGACAUGUACUGAAAAGUUGGUUAGAUUUCCUGAACGGCGGUGUGUCUCAUUACUUCGCGUCACAUUGACACACGCCUCCGUUCAGGAAAUCCAUUCCACAUUUUGCAGCCAGUUAGCAGAGCAGCCGGCAGGGUAUCACUUGUGGAGUCAUUUCAGUAGACAACAUUAAUGCACAGACAUGGUUCAUGGAUCGGAAAUCUUUACAGGUUGGAUCGGAAAUUUUCGAUCCGUGAAAUAUGUUGGUAUCGGAACCCGAUACAGAUACUGGAUCGGACCGGCACCAUCCCUACCUACACAUAUGUAGUUCCUCCUUAUUCAGGGAAAACUUAAAACCUUGUAGGAUAGAAAUGGAUACCAUUAACCAACUUCACUUCUUUCAUCCUUGCACUCUUGGCAGUAACAACAAAUUUUGCAUAUUGUUAUAAUGGAAGUCUUUAAAUAAGCAUUAAUUGAAAUAAAGUAACAGAUGUUGAAGAGUUUGGGGUUUCACUGAAAACUUGAUCCCACACCAGUGACUGCACCGUCACUAAUUUCUCGGGCCAAGCACAGGCGUCCCUCGCAUAGGGACAGCAGCUCAGACAGCUGAGACUCAUCUCCCACCUUAAAUUCACUAUCAAAGCAGCAACAGUUCUUUUAGGAGUCUAGGUUUACUGUAUCUGCUCUUUACAAGUCAGUCUGGUGUGAAAUCAGUGGGAAAGGACUGAGUGAAUUUAGUUAAUGUCUUCUGGACUUUGAUGUGAGACUCUCACUACAGCUACUUUGAAACCUGACCCUAACCUCAAAGUUAAAGAUAAGUCAUCUUCAUAGAAACCUCACUUACUGAACAUCAUAUGCUCUUCCAAUGUACCACUGUACAAAAAAAAUCUUUUAAAGAAAAAUACUGGGAAAUGGGACUAUUUAUUUCUUUUAAUUUAUUUUGUCAUAUUUUUGUAAG